UAAAAUGUAAUAUUUAGUGAUAAAAUGGCACAAGAAGAAAAAUCGCCGCUUUUAGCGGAAACAGAUGGAGAUGAUUAUAUUUACCCUAAUCCAAGAAAAAGAGUUUGGCAUGUGCCACCUGAACUUAAAGGUGUUUUGAAUGUGAAUGGCACAAUAAACACCAGUUCAUCCUCGUCUUCCUUGGCCUGCGAUUUCGAUUUUGUUGUCUGUGUCUUUGUUGUAACAUUUGAUACAAGAUCAGGCAAUAUGAUAGAAUGGUGUCAGCCUGAAGAGUUUGAACUGGAUGGUGUUGAGUUCAAAGCAAUGGUCAGUGGAUCACAUACUUUGCUGAAAGAUUUUGUAUAUUUCCGUAAAGAAAAUUUGUAUGGUUUAGCAUGCUUUGAAAACAUGCAUGUAGAGAGUGAGAUUGAAAGAGGGGCAAGGAUGAAAUCAGUUGGGAUAUUAUCAACGUCUUACACAAACUUAUAUAGGCAUAUGCAGUUUUUAGAAACACAAGUUAGGCACCAGCUGGAAACCCCUGGGAAGUAUUCAAAUCUUGAAGUAUUUUACCAAGAUAAGAAAGGAACAUUGAACAGUACUACGUCAAUCCCACAGCAAAUAACACCAAACUCUUCCUCAUCAACUCCUAGUCAAGAAAUAUUACCAGAGAUGAAGAUAACCCACCCUGCUGGAUGUUUUUCCCAAUUCAUGAAGUUUUUUGGAGAGAAAGUGUUUAUAUUAUGGAAAUUUGCAUUGUUACAGCAAAGAAUUUUAUUUUUCUCGCCACCACCAAUAGGUGUUGUAUGUUAUAGAGUUUACUGUGCGUGUUGCCUUGGAAACCAUGAUGUUGGAGGACUUGGUCAUGAAAUGAAACCUCACUUUUAUGUCAAUGUGGCUGAUAUAGAAACAUUAGAGUCAGAAGUCUCAUAUAUUGCAUGUACAACAGAGAAGAUAUUUGAAGUAAAAACAAGUCUUUAUGAUAUAUAUGUUGAUAAUCAGGUUAUCAGACCGUGUUCACCAAUGCUGAGAGACUUAAUGAAAGUCAGUGUAGCAGACAAAGAUAAAUUUGCCAAACUGAACAACCAAAGGUCAGCAUUACAGUAUAACUAUGAAGACCAAGGGAUUGAUGAGGAAGAGCUAUUUACAACAUUUUUUACUGAACAAAACAACCGAAUAUUCCAAACUUUAUUAGAAGCAUCAUGUUCACAGGACAGACAGUUAACAUCAGAACACAUGAAAAACAUGGGACUAGAUCCCUAUGGAGAUAGAACAUUCCUGAUGGAAUUAGUAGAGCAUUAUGGGAUAGAUGUCAUGUUGAUGGUGGAUAACCCAUGUUGUCCCAAGUAGCAACAGGAAGGAUGAAUGAGGGAAAAUGAAAUUAUGAUUGUUUCUUUAUUAAAAUGUGAAUUUUUAAUUUUCAUCAUGGAGGCAUUGAAAUAAAUGAUUCUGUCUUUUUUUAAUUUCAACUUAAAUUUAAAUUUAAUAUAAAUAUUUAAAUCAUGGUAAUAGACCUGUCUCAGGAGGCCAGUAUGAGCUUUCUUGAUCAAUUGUAGCUAAAUUUGCAAUUUGAACUUUAGUCAAAAUAAAAUUAAUUUAUGUUUCAUAUAAAUGACUGAACACUUUGUUGGAUAUUGUAGCUUUAUAUGAUUUUUUUAAGAGUAGGAAGCUGUCCAUUUUUAGAUAAUUGACAAUAGCAUCAUUUUCAUUAUAAAUUAUUUUUAGAUUUAUGUAAAAAUGAACUUCCUUAUAUGAAUGACGUUGAGGGAAAACUGUAAUUUUACUUAAUACUGUCUUCUAAACCAUUUAUAUUGGAUUAUGACACACCAGAAAUGUGGUUUAUAGGGUAUAUAUAUACAGAUUUUACUUGUCAGACUCUGUCAAUACUGGCGUACACAUUUCAUGGACAGAAAGUAUUAAUUAAACAUUUUACUUUUGUGUUUCAAAUUUCUAGCAUGUUAAAACUGUUUUGUUAAGCUGAAGCAACAAAUAUUUUGAUAUUACAUUUUGCUUUAAAAUAUGGCAAGAUAAGGGUUUACUACAAUUUGGUCCAUAUGUCCUUCAUUUCAAGAUAAGACUUUUAUGAAUUUAUUUCUGUAAUCAAUGAUGAUACAUGUAUAAAUAGUUAUUAACAUGCCACACCUAGGAUUCUCACACAUUGUACAAUAUGUUUAUUAGUACAAUACUCUUAUUAGUGAAUUUUACAUCUAUGACUUAAAUAUUUUGCUCAAGUUUGCAUAAAGUUAAGAUUUUAGAAACAAAAUGUGGUAUGUCAUUGAUAUUUUGCAACUUCAUUCAAAUUUAUAUACAAAUCUGCAACAUUUAGGUCAACAUGAGCUGAGUUCAUAUUCAAAACAUACCGUAGAUUCCUCAUCAUUAGUAGGGUAGCAAUUUUCAUGGAUUUCGUUGAUAAACGGGAACCAUAAAUUGUUGUGUAACGAAGUACACAUUUUUCAUUGGCUUGUAUGUGGACUUUGACAAAACCAUGAAAUCAAGUAUCCAUGAAAACACUGUUUUGCCUCAAUCUUUGAAAACAGAUACACACCAAAAUAAAUGAAUCAACUGUACAUAAUAUUAUAUCUAUGAUAUUAUUCCACAAUUUUUUAUCAUAUUGAUAAAAACAGUGUUUCAUGCUUUAUAUACCUACAUUAUAUGCUUGAAUGCUAUUUUCAGAUCUUGCAUUUAAGUUUAGAACUAUAUAUGUAUACCUCCUUUUAAAUACUUUUGAUUGGUAAAACUGUUUUUUUUUUUUUUUUUACAAAAAUAACAUCAUACACAAAUUUCAAAUUGGUAUUAUUAUUAUUGUGUUAAAUACACUCCAGAAUCGAACAUAUUGAGGUAUUAUAUUAUUUGAUUAUGCAUAUUUUCAUUCUUUUAUCAGUCAUUAGGAUUUUGUUAUAAAUGUAGAAUACUCUUUUCCUUGUUACAAGAUUACCUCGCACCGAAUAUACCAAAACAUUAAGUGUGGAGUACACGUCUUGUACAGUAAAUUGAUGUCAUACAUGAUUCAUUUCUAUUAGUUAUUAAAUUAAACGCUUCGUAUGAAAUUAAAUCAAGCUAAAAUUUCAUGGCUACUCAAUAUUUUUUUUUGCUUUAUUGUAAUUCAGUUUCUAGUUAGAAAGAUUUGACAGAUAGAAAAUUGCUACAGAAGUAUGUGAACUGUGGAGAUAAAGAUUUGACAGAUAGUAAAUUGCUACAGAAUUAUGUGAACUGUGUAGAUUUGUUUAUGUCUUUUAAUGUUUCUUUCACUGAUGAUUGUUAAUAGCUAGAACUGAAGACAAACGUCAAAAUCAAGUAGGAUACAUUUGUGGAUUGAUUGAAUGGAGAUAAAUAUUAUUGUCUCAACAAAGUCUAAAAAGUGAGACUAAGGCGUGCUGUUUUUGCUGCAGUGUUAACAAUGUAUUAGUUUGUGAUUAGGUCAGUUUAAGGGGAACCACUAGUGGUAGGUCAGUGAUAUUUUGUAUGCAGCUGUAUUAACAUUGGCUCAUCUCAUUUUCAUAGAGAUUACUUGGCCCCAGUCAUGGUCUAUUGAUUUUGAAACUUUUGCUUAGUUAACAUGUUAAAGUUUAUUAUUAGGUUAAUUUAAUAGGAAUAACUAAUGAUAGUUCAAAAAUAUUUGGUAUGCAGUUGUAUUAGUACAGUAUUGGCAUUUCUUAUUUCCAAAGGAAUUAAUUUUGCCUAUUACCUAUAGUCAUGGUUCAUUGACUUUGAAUAUUUUGCAUUUUAAAGUAUUGGUAAUUUGAUUUCAACAUUUACAUUUUUUUGCUAUCAAAAUUACUUACAGGCGAGACAUAUCUCUGUGUCAACAGUUUAUUUAAAAUAUUUUUUUAUGAUAUUGUACAGGAGUAAAACGUCUUUCAUAAUAUUGCUUUAUGAAUUAUAUUGGUUAUCAUGUUACCAAGGAAAAUGUUACUGCAAUGCCAUAUCAAGCAUCAAUUAUUAAUUUGUAUAUUGUAAUACAAUAAUUGUAUAUUGUUGAAACAUCUUUUAUAUUGUUUGAAAGAUAGAAAUAGAAUUGUUAUUUAAUGAUCUGAAUGUAUUUGUGCCAAAUAAGAAUUGAAAUGACAAAAGUAGUACAUGUCUGUAAUUUUAGGUCAUAUGAAAAUUUUGUUUUAAUUUUAUUAGUUCUAAAAUUAUUUAUAUGCCAUAUACCAUUAAUUAGCUUCUUUUUACCACUAAACAACAAUGAAAACAUUUCCAAUACAUUGCAUCACUAAACACUUUAUAUUUUUCCAUAGGAACAUAAUAAGAUAUAGGAUAAAAGCCAAUGAAGCAGGAAUCUUAACAAAACAGUAAAACCAAGAAGACAUCUUAAUAUCUUCAAUGACAUUUAUGUGUUUCUACCAUAUGUCAAUUUCUAAAAAGCCUUGAGUUUACACAAGUAGAGAAGCAAGCCAGCACAGACAACCAAUGCUCUGCUGUUAGCACCACAUUUCUGAAUGGACAUAAAAUGCUAAGAAACAAUAAGAAUCUUUAAUGAGGUUUGUGGACAGGAAUUUGCUUUUAAAUUAUUGGAAAGUUCUAUAAAUGAAAAUGCAUUAGAAAUAUUCUUACCAACUAUUACCUCACCAUCAAACCCCAAAACGGACCACAGAACAUAUGUAAAUAUAGGUUAAUGUAUUUUAUUCAAAAUUGAUUCCUGAUGUCAAAACUUUAUCUUUGUGAAAAUUAUUUAGAAAAUUAACAAAAAAGUGCAAACAGAGCCCUUGCUGACAUGUCAUUUUCUAGUUUAUUUUUAAGAAUAGUGGUUUUAAUCUGGGAGAACAUGAUUUAUUUAUUAGUUGUUUAUUGGAUUUGAGCAAGCUGUACUGUUAGAUUGGUACUUUGUCUUUUGUCCUAUGCUAGUGGUUUUUAUACGACCGCAAAAAUUGAAAAUUUUUUGGUCGUAUAUUGGUUUGACGUUGGCGUCGUCGUCGUCGUCGUCGUCGUCGUUGUCGUCGUCUGGCGUCGUCCGGCGUCGUCCGAAGACACAUUGGUUUUCGCACUCUAACUUUAGUUUAAGUGAAUGGAUCUCCAUGAAAUUUUACCAUAAGGUUCAAUACCACGAAAGGAAGGUGGGGAUUGAUUUUGGGGGUUAUGGUACCAACAGUUAAGGAAUUAGGGGCCAAAAAGGGGCCAAAAAUAAGCAUUUUUGUAACUUCCAGACAAUAACUUGUGUGUAAGUGUACGGAUCUCUCUGACAUUGUACCACAAGGUUCCAUAUCACAAAGGGAAGGCUGUAAUUGAUUUUGGGGGUAAUUGCCUCAAAAUUUUAGGAAUUAGGGGCCAAAAAAGGGGCAAAAAUCAAGCAUUUUUCUAGUUUCAUGACAAUAACUUGUGUGUAAGUGUUUGGAUAUUUCUGAAAUUGUACUAUAAGGUUCCAUAUUACAAAGGGAAAGCUGGAAUUGAGUUUGGGGGUAAUUGCCCGAAACGUUUAGGAAUUGGGGGCCAAAAAGGGGCCAAAAAUAAGCAUUUUUCUAGUUUCCAGACAAUAACUUGUGUUCAAGUGUAUGGAUCUCUCUGAAAUUGUACUGCAAGGUACCAUACCACAAAGGGAAGGCUGGGAUUGAGUUUGGGGGUGAUGAAUCAUAAGGGGGUUCAAAAAAUUUGGGGGGGGGGGAUUUUUUUUUUUCUUUUUUUUUUCUUUUUUUCCUUUUUUUUUUCUUUUAAAAUUUUCCAUUUUAAGUUGGUUAUUUCUGAUUAAUAUUUAAAAGCAAAUAAUAAUGAUAUGGUAGGAGAUACACACCAAACAGGAUGUGUAAAUUAUUAUAUAAUAAGUAUUGUGCAAUAGCAAGAAAUUUUCAAUUGCACAGUAUUGCACAAUUGCAAGAAAUCUUCAAUUGCACAGUAUUGCGCAAUAGCAAGAAAUCUUCAAUUGCACAGUAUUGCGCAAUAGCAAGAAAUAUCCAAUAGCACAAUAUUGCGCAAUAGCAAGAAAUUGUCAAUUGUACAGUAUUGCACAAUAGCAAGAAAUAUUCAAUUGCACAGUAUUGUGCAAAAGAAGAUACUUCGUAUAAAUUGCUUAUUUCUUGAUCAAUUUCAAUGGGGUUUUAUUCUUGAAUUCUUGGGGUUCUUUAAUAUGCUGAAUCUAACCGUGUAUUAAGUUUUUGGAUUUUGGGCCCCGUUUUUAAAUUGGUCCACAUUGAGGUCCAAAGGGUCCAAAAUUUAACUUCGUUUGAUUUCAUCAAAAAUUGAAUUAUUGGGGUUCUUUGAUAUGCCGAAUCUAACCGUGUAUUUAGAUUCUUAAUUUUUGGUUCCGUUUUCAAAUUGGUCUACAUUAAGGUCAAAAGGGUCCAAAAUUAAACUUAGUUUGAUUUUAACAAAAAUUGAAUUUUUAGGGUACUUUGAUAUGCUGAAUCUAAACAUGUAUUUAGAUUUUUGAUUAUGGGCCCAGUUUUCAAGUUGGUCCAAAUCGGGGUCCAAAAUUAAACUUUGUUUGAUUUCAACAAAAAUUGAAUAUAUGGGGUUCUUUUAUAUGCUGAAUCUAACCAUGUAUUUAGAUUUUUGAUUUUUGGGCCCAGUUAUCAACUUUGUCCACAUUGAGGUCAAAAGGGUCCAAAAUUAAACUUUGUUUGAUUUCAUCAAAAAUUGAAUUCUUGGGGUUCUUUGAUAUGCUGAAUCUAACCAUGUAUUUAGAUUUUUUAUUUGUGGACCCACUAUCAAAUUGGUUCAUAUUGAGGUCAAAAGGGUCCAAAAUUAAACUUUGUUUGAUUUCAUCAAAAAUUGAAUUAUUGGGGUUCUUUGAUAUGCCAAAUCUAACCGUGUAUUUAGAUUUUUAAUUUUGGGUCCCGUUUUUAAAUUGGUCUACAUUAAGGUCCAAAGGGUCCAAAAUUAAAUUUGUUUGAUUUUAACAAAAAUUGAAUUCUUUCUGGUUCUUUGAUAUGCUGAAUCUAAACAUGUGUUAAGAUUUUUGAUUAUGGGCCCAGUUUUCAAGUUGGUCCAAGUUGGGGUCCAAAAUUAAACUUUGUUUGAUUUCAACAAAAAUUGAAUAUAUGGGGUUCUUUGAUAUGCUGAAUCUAAACAUGUAUUUAUAUUUUAGAUUUUUGGCCCAGUUUUCAAGUUGGUCCAAAUUGGGGUCCAAAAUUAAACUUUGUUUGAUUUCAACAAAAAUUGAAUAUAUGGGGUUCUUUGAUAUGCUGAAUCUUACCAUGUAUUUAGAUUUUUUAUUUGUGGGCCCGCUAUCAAAUUGGUUCAUAUUGAGGUCAAAAGGGUCCAAAAUUAAACUUUGUUUGAUUUCAUCAAAAAUUUAAUUAUUGGGGUUCUUUGAUAUGCCAAAUCUAACCGUGUAUUUAGAUUUUUAAUUUUGGGUCCCGUUUUUUAAAUUGGUCUACAUUAAGGUCCAAAGGGUCCAAAAUUAAACUUAGUUUGAUUUUAACAAAAAUUGAAUUUUUGGGGUUUUUUGAUAUGCUGAAUCUAAACAUGUGUUUAGAUUUUUGAUUAUGGGACCAGUUUUCAAGUUGGUCCAAGUUGGGGUCCAAAAUUAAACUUUGUUUGAUUUCAACAAAAAUUGAAUAUAUGGGGUUCUUUGAUAUGCUGAAUCUAAACAUGUAUUUAGAUUUUAGAUUUUUGGCCCAGUUUUCAAGUUGGUCCAAAUUGGGGUCAAAAAUUAAACUUUGUUUGAUUUCAACAAAAAUUGAAUAUAUGGGGUUCUUUGAUAUGCUGAAUCUUACCAUGUAUUUAGAUUUUUUAUUUUGUGGGCCUGCUAUCAAAUUGGUUCAUAUUGAGGUCAAAAGGGUCCAAAAUUAAACUUUGUUUGAUUUCAUCAAAAAUUGAAUUAUUGGGGUUCUUUGAUAUGCCAAAUCUAACCGUGUUUUUAGAUUUUUAAUUUUGUGUCCCGUUUUUUAAAUUGGUCUACAUUAAGGUCCAAAGGGUCCAAAAUUAAACUUAGUUUGAUUUUAACAAAAAUUGAAUUCUUGGGGUACUUUGAUAUGCUGAAUCUAAACAUGUGUUUGGAUUUUUUAUUAUGGGACUAGUUUUCAAGUUUGUCCAAGUUGGGGUCCAAAAUUAAACUUUGUUUGAUUUCAACAAAAAUUGAAUAUAUGGGGUUCUUUGAUAUGCUGAAUCUAACCAUGUAUUUUGAUUUUGGACAUUGGACCAUAAUAGGUAAAUUAAAAAAAUUGAAGUUCUUAGACCACAUUCUUUCUGUGUCAGAAACCUAUGCUGUGUCAAAUAUUUAAUCACAAUCCAAAUUCAGAGCUGUAUCAAGCUUGAAUGUUGUGUCCAUACUUGCCCCAACUGUUCAGGGUUCAACCUCUGCGGUCGUAUCAAGCUGCGCCCAGCGAAGCAUUUUAUUUGUGUUUGUUCCAAUUUGAAGGUUCAAGCCAUUUUCAACUGAUUUGGUGUUCAUGGAUACAAAAGUGUGCACAUGCAACUCUUUUUUGUUUGGUUGCAAUUUUUUGACAGAUUAAUCAAUCAUAGUUAUUACUAGAAAUGUGUUUAUAUUUCUUUUCAAUAUAAUGUUAACACAUGCAGAAUAGUAUUGGAAGUUCCUAGGUGUUGGAUGGUUAAAAUUACAUCAUUUGAAGUGGUAUAAGGAUAUUGUUUUAGAUGUAGAAAAGAGUAAAAGUUGAAUUUUCUUUUCUUUAUGUAAGAUGUUAGAUGUUUUAGAAGAAAACCCACCACUAUUUAUGGUGGAUGUAAAACGUAAGAUUCUUUUGUCAAUAUAUGUUGGUUUUAUAUUUAUUCAACUUUCCCAAUUUUUUUACAUUUGUUCUGAUAUUAUAAAAUUUUUAUCUGCAAAAAUGUGCAGUUAUACAAAUAGUUUUUGGGGUAAAGAUUGUACUUUCAUGCACUCAACUUAUUUAGCCACUGGCUGGUUAGUUUCUUCCUUACACAAAGCAUAAUACUGCAUUUGUGCUGACAUUAUAUUGUUUCCAUAUAAACAACAAGUUUAUGUAGAGAAUGAAAGAACUUGCUGGAAUGUUAUCAGAGACAUUUUAAACUAUUAAGUUGAUCAACAGUUACAUAUUAUUUAAAGGCUAGAUAUGAGACAGUUGUAUGCUAUACAAGUGGAUGAAUUUUAAUACUUGAAGAAAAUUGAAAGCACAAUACAGAUAUUUACUCCUGUGUUGUUGUAUGUACAGAAGUAUUUAUGUAAAAAAAACACUUUAUGAGGAUAAUUAGACAGGCAUUGAUAGAAGCUCCCAUGCUGGUUUGCAUAUUUAAUCAUAUGGGCUAAAUUUGUUAGACCUCAAAUUAAAAGUGACUCAAAUGCAGUUAAAAGAUGACUGUUAAUGCUUUCCUUGCAUUCUUUUAAUACUCUUUUGGUUUAACAUAGCUCUAGCUUUUAAGGUGCAGUUAGUAUUUUAUUUUUAUGCCCCACCUAUGAUAGUAGUGGAGCAUCCGUGUACUUUGGACACAUUCUUGUUUUCCUGUGAUUUAAUCUAAUAUAAGACAUAAUCUUUAACAAACAUGAUAAUAAAGUGUGUACAUUUACUCAUUAUUUAGAUGAUUUUUUUUUUUACAUUCCAUGUUCUUGUGUAUUUUGUCUUGUUAAUGAUCGAGCUAAUAGCUUAUAUAAUCUUGUUUUCUAUACAUUUUUGUUUACAUUCCAUGUUCUCCUGUAUCUUGUUAUUGAUGGAGCCAAUAGCUUGUUCAUAUCUUGUUUUCUAUAAUGUUUUUUUUUCAUGCUGUCAUCAGGUUGUUAAUAACAUUUCCUUGUUAUGUGCAAUAAAUAUAUCUCUUAUCA